CAUGCUCUCAACGCAUUCAGAUGUACACAUGUAGCGUACAUUCACUCAUCCAGACCAGCAAUCAUUCAUGUUGUUGGACUACUGCUGUCGCUGCUGUGGAUUCACCCUCAUAAAACGCCAUGGGCCGUUCACCCUCAAGGGCACACCCAGUGAUACCUGGGUCGUUCUGCAGAACCUGCUGAUGUGCAUGGUGUGCUUCUACUCUCUCUACUACAUUGUGGUCAGUGUUUGCAUUGGACUGCUCAGGGUUCACGAGAUCAACAGCUUGUUGGCUCCGUUCGACUACACAACACAACCGUCAUGGCACAACCCCAAGUAUCUGGUUGGAGUGAUCUCCACAGAGGUGACCUACGUUUUAGGAGGGCUGGUGUUUGCCUGGAUCGUGGAGGAGUGGGUUUGGGACUACGCCAUAACUGUCACACUGCUGCACGUCGCCAUGACCGUAGCAGUGAUGUCAGAUUUCCCCUCAGCAGAACACUGGUGGAUCGCUCUGGGUUCGGGCCUGGUCAUGAUGAUAUUUGGGGGACAGCUGCUGGCAUACAAACUCUUCAGGAGCAACUUUGUGUAUCCUGCUGAACUGCAGAACUUCUAAUGAAAACGAGUAAAGCUGUUAACUGGCUUACUGGUUAAUCUCAUAUCCGAGGCAUGCCAGUAAGUAGGUUCACUUAGCAUUUCAAGACAACUAAAGCAGCUCUUCAUUUUUCUAUACUUCAACC